CGACGGUGCGGACCAAACAGACCCACACAGGAAACACGAGACAAAGAGACAAUGAACUACAAGUAUGAUUAUAAUACACCACUAAGUGUUGUUCACCAAUAAACUUAAAACCUGUAAAAUUUAAGAAGAAAAGGGAAGAUAAACUACCACAAUGAAAAAGAUCUCAAAAUUAAAGUACUGGUCAUAUUGUAAGAAAUGCAAGGGACAGAGUGGUACAAUCUACAGCACAGUGUGCAGCUUGGCAUGCACUGCAUCCUCUAAGGCCUCUAAAGCAUAACAAGUAAUCCCAGGUUCUCUAGGGAUCUACCUUGUACUUUUAUUGUGUGGUGUGCUUUUUGGUUGCCACAGUAGCUGUGAAAUAAAUUCUCCUAGGAUUUGCAAGGGUUCGUAUGUGAGAGCCUGUUGCUUGCACACUUAGCCCUGCUUCGGGACCAAGAUGACAAACCACAGCACUAUUGGUUUCCUUUACACUAUAUCAGAAGGCUCACAGAGUGAGAGUCCACCGGUCUCCCCUCAGAGCUCAGGAAGUCAUACAACUGUAAAUGACAUGGACCUGGAGAUAAAGACACUGAAAUCUACUACUCAAGGAAAGCAGGAUGAUGGAAGCAAAAUCAUGAAAAAUGGAACUUUCAGCAAGGGGAAAAGCCAUCCAAGGCUGGCUCAACUAAGAGGACAAAUCCGGGCACAAAUCAGAGAGCACAGCCCUAGGAAUCAAAUGCUAGAGCUUGUAGAUAAAGUAGCCAAUGGACAACUUACUACUAAAAGCCAGUUAGAUGGUAGCAAACGUAAUGGGCCUCUGGAAAGCACCACAUUAUGUCAUUGCUCCAGCCCAAGCUGUUUAGCCUCAGAGCUUGAGGGUAAACUGCACACAGAACUAACUGCACUCCGGCUGGAGAUGAGAAACUCUCUUGAAGCUAUGAGAACGGAAUUGGGCCAAGAACUUCAAGCAUUACAUAAAGAGGUCACGGCCUGUUGUCACCACUGCCCUCCCAAGGAAGCUGAAGUGCCAAAAGAAGCCGAGAAAAGGCCUGAGUGGAAAAAGGUCUUUAAAAAGGUCAAUCGUAAAGAAACACAAGAGACAAAGAUCCCGGUUAAACUGGAUGGGCAAAUGAAAGCAAGGUCCAUGCAAUCACUUGUAAAUCAAUCAGGUCCCAGCAGGAACCAGGUACUCUUAAAGGCAAUGACCACCAUUGCUGCUAAAAAUGCCCUGAUGUCUAGUCUGGGGACAAGAUCAGAUUCUGACCCUAUCCCUCACACUACAGGAAAACAGAUCUGCAAACCUGUUGUGAAAGUAGAAGAAGCACCUACUCAUUUACAAGCUAAUGGGAACUGGGGGAAAAAAACAAACAGAACUGUGGCCCCUCUACCCCAAAAUGGGAUUACUGUUGGGAAAGCUCCAUAGGGGAUUUUAGCAAACUGCACAAAGAUACGAUUGCUUUGACAAUGAGGCACAGGAAAAUUUACAGACAUAGUUUUGGUCUUUACUGCGACUAUACAGUGACCUGCUUUGAGUCAUUCUGUACAAUUCUGUUCUGCAAAUAUCGAACUGGUUCCGAGGUGGACAUAUAUAUACGUGUACCUGCACAUGGGUCCCAUAGGUAAGGGGCAUGCAGUCAUCUUAACAGCAGCUAACAGCUUUUUAUUGUCUAUUAGACAGCAUUUAAGGGACUAUUCUAAUGACUUUUAUCACUCAGUUACAGAUGGAUUGUCUGGAGAAAUAAAGGAGGGUGAUCUUUGAUAAGCUGUUGAAGUGCCAGUGAUUCUUUAAUGGGGGCCUCUACUGCCUGUGUCUACUCUUGAAUUAACUCUUAUGGUUUAGUGAACAUUUUUGCUUCAAAAAGCAAAGUUCUCUUCUUUUACCACAUUGUUAAUGGUUAUCUAGCAAAGCAGUUCAUUAAAGAGAUAUAGGUAUCAUUACUUCAGCUCUAAGACCUCAUUCACAUCUAAAAUGUGCCUACAUGGUGAGUACAUGUCUAAAAACUGCAAAAAUGAUUAAAAUGUAUACUGCAGCAUUCCCACUGAAUAGUUAUAGGCAUAAAUAGAUUUUUAAAAAUUGCCUAUUUAAGAUUAUAUUUAGUCUUCUUCAUGGCGGUAAAUGUUUUUUAUGCGAUAUUGAAUAGCAGUAGAUUGCCGUUUCAUCGAACCAAUGAAACUUGUACCACCAUGAAGCAGAGCAAAGUGUCUCUAACAAACUACAUUUGAUCUAUUCAACCUUAUGGCUAUGCUGCCAUAUACAGUAUAGGCACAUUAUAAGAUGUGAAGGAGGCCAAAGACACAAGUGGUGGUUGUACAACAGUUCACUUCAUUAAUAUUGUUCAUAGUAACAUUUCAACUCCAUUUGUAUAAAGUGUAUUUCAUGGCACUAUGCUAACACAAUAGAUGACAACUGUAACUAUUUUUAUACAGAAUGCUUAAAAUCUACAGUGUAAUUUUCCAAUUAGUAAGAUCAUCAAAAAUGUUCCUGAUG